GUUAAAGGGAUUCCUGCAUUGAAAAUGAUAUUUUAGUGAUACAUUCCUAUCAUGCCAAUAAUAACGAAAGUCGCAUUCUUUUGCUUCGAAAGAUAUGGAAAACAGUCAUACCCUUCAAAUUCUUCUACAGCUUCCCUGGUCCUCCUUCUCCACUUCUGCUUUCCUUUCCGUCUCGAUGUUCAAACUCGCGCCAGUCUAUAUUUUUGUUAUGAUGUCUUAAGAAAGUAUGAACCAAGCUGGCCGAUAAUUCUUGUACCAGAAAAAUGCGUAAAUAAGUUCGUGUGGUAAACGAGCUCAUUUCACAUGUCAAUAAUGGCGGAAUCUUCAACUGUAAAAACGGCAGAGGAUAUUUUACCAUACCUUUUUGAGCCAGUCGUUAUAUCAGAGGGUGGGGAAGAUGAAUGGACUGACUGCAAUAGCGAGGCAAAUGAGAGUGAUGUAGAAAGAGAGAUGGGAAAACAGGGAAGAUGCGACGUGGAUAGUGAAACGUGGUGCAAAUGUGGACAUUGCCAAAAAAAGUAUUUUCCUAUUGAAUGCAUUUGUUGUGUAGAGGUCGAAGAAACAAAACGGAUGAUUGAAAAGGAGAAUAUUGGCUGUAUAAUUGAUCAUCCAGGUUUUAGUCCAGUGUGCCUUAACGUCGAGGUUUUGUGGACAUCGCUGGUGAACUUGGCAGAUAGAGAAGGAGCUUAUUUGCCGCGCAAGAAUAACGUUCCAAACAAAUCGUAUAGAUAUGCAGCAUAUAGACAGUUUACCUGGUGGAUACAUGAUAAGUUAGGUCGCCAUGUUAGACGGGUUAUACCAUCUUGCGCUGUUAGCCGUAUAAGGGCCGAAUUCGAAGAAAAAGACGGCAACUACACUUUUUUUAGAGGACACGACGAUAAGGCUAGUGAGAUUGUAAAUGCAAUGGAAUGGGUGAGAGAUGGUGGUAACUGA